UAUGGCACAAAUGCGCGUACGGACGGAUGCGCCUUUUAACUUUACUUUCCCUAUCAUUGCUCUCUACUUGUUCUUCUUAUUCGCACUCUAUCUUUCUCAAAAUUCGUAGUUGCAGACUCUUGAUCAAAUAUAAUAGUUUCAUUUGGUGAUCAUCAUCAGGUUAUUGGUUUCAGUAUUUUAGUAAUUUGAAGAACUGAAAUCGUUUGUCAAUGGAUAAGGGAGAAACGAAUGGUGUUAGCUUGAGGGGUUUGGUGGACAAGGAGAAGAGCAAAAUUGUUUUUGUUGAAUCAGAUGAAGACUUUAUUGAUAUUCUCUUCAGUUUCUUGACAAUGCCAAUGGGAACAAUCAUCAGGCUCAUCCGUAAGCAGCCACCAAGUUCAGGGUUAGGUUGCCUUAAAAAUUUGUAUGAAAGUGUUGAGAAUUUGGGUGUGCAGCAAUUUCAAACUGCAGCAUGCAAGAACAUGUUGCUGUACCCCAAAACUGCAUCUGCAGCUCAGUGGGAGAAACUGAAAUUGAAGAUUGAUGAUUGUCAAUUCCUGAAGUACUUUCUUUGCAGUAACAAAUCAUGCACCCUUAAUGGCUACAAGUUAUUGAGUCCCUACAGCGAUGCCAUUUGCGAUUGCGGAAAGUACAUGAAUCAAGAGAUGGAUAUGUUGGGGAGUAAAGUAGAUAACCAAUCACCAUCAAGCACUCUAUAUGACUACUACGGGGUAUUUGUUAAAGAACAAACACGAGUUAUAAUAAGUGAUGAAUUGCGAGUAAUGCCCCCAUGUACUGAAGUUAGCCUUUCUUUACUUUCCAAGUUACCAGGCUCGGAUGAGAGCACCAUUGAGGAACACAAUUUUGACAUAGGUGUAGAAGAGGUUUUGAGUUUGCUCAAGUUCUCACUGGUAUCAAAGACGCCUUUGACAGAAACCUUAUGGAAUAGUCCAAUAAAUGAAUUGGGAAAAGAAGAUCUUCAUCAGAGCGGCUAUAUCAAAUCUAGACUCAAAGAACCAGGAUCAAAUGUGAAUGAGAAAAUUCAAGUCAAGCUUAUAACUAGCAAAUCAAUGAACAUGGUUUGCUAUGCAGAGGCAGGUGAAGAUUUUGUUGAUUUAUUAUUCAGUUUCCUCACUGUUCCACUUGGGCAUAUGGCAAAGCAAAUGCACAGCGGCAUUUCAAGAGGAUGUAUAAAUCACCUAUACAAUAGUGUUCAAGAACUCGAUGCCGAGAGGUACCUAAAAUCAAAUGAUCAUAAGGCCAUGCUAGCCAAUCCAAAGCUUGCCCCUGGUUUUAGCUAUGAGAACAAGCAACUCGGCAUUGAGGAAGAUAUACACCGGCCAUAUUAUUACGCGCAGAAGAAAAAUAAAUCUGGAGGUUGGGAUGAUAUACCAUCUUAUGAUAGAAUUAGUGUCCCUCCUGUGAUUUCAUUUGGUUCACCAGAGAGUAUAUUUUCAACAUUAACUGUCAAGGAAACUAGAAGAAGAGGAUUUGUGAAGGGGCCAGCAAUGUUCACCAUAACUGACAAGCUGAUCAUCACACCAAUAUCCGCAAUCUCAUGUCUGUCUCUUCUGAGCAAACUGAAUAAACCUGUUGCUGACAUUGAGUAUCGUUUGGUGCACGUGGGCUGUGAGGAGGCUUUACAUCUUAUGGUGGCUUCUUUUGUGUCUGAAUCGGUUCUAACUGAUGUCUUUCUUAGCGAGCCAAAUACAAAAUAUUGAGGCUAUGAAAGAGUGCGUCUUCUCAUCAUGUCGGAUUGCGAAGAUCUUUUGUGGGGCAAUCUCUCUGUAUCUUGCAGACAUGCAAACCGCAAAUUACCAUUCUAGAAUUUUUCUUUACAUUGAGUAAUGAAUAUGUAUAUGUUAAUUAAAACAAUAAUUGUUUUUUUUCUGGCCGAAAACACAAAUGGAAUCAAUCAAAUUUACAAAGCAAAACUCUAGGUGCCCCUAAGGAGUGGCUUGGGUUCAAGUCCUUGGCGAAAUAUAAAGGUUAUACUCUUGAUUGAUAUAGGUCAAUGGUUGUUGGUUGAUUAUUA